UUAGUGUAUACAGUUGGGAUUUUCAAAACAUGCCUCCUCAUGUGGAAAACGUACAGAAAUUGGCUGAGGAGCCACCACGAUUCGAAAAACUGGUGGCGCCUUCUGCAGAUUCAUGGAAAUUCAAAUUGUAUCCCCUAGAGUUUUCUCUCACUGUAGUUUACUUCUUCGUAAGCUUAUAUGGGGGAUAUCUCUUCUUCACCUCCGCAAAACCCGCCACUAUUAUUUUCACAAUCAUCGUCACGGUCCUAUCUAUGUUGGGCGUGGGAGCUGGCGCACACCGCCUCUGGUCACAUCGGUCCUUCAAAUGCAAGCCCCAACUCGAAAUAUUGAUCACAAUACUAUUCUUGCUUAACAGCCAACGCUCUAUAGUCACAUGGGCCAAAAGACACCGUCUUCAUCACCAGUGUUCGGAUACAGAUGGUGAUCCUCACAAUGCUACUAGAGGUCUGUUCUUCUCCCAUAUUGGAUGGAUGAUGGUUGAACCGCACCCAGAAGUAACGAAACGAGAGAAAUACGUAGAUAUUUCAGAUCUGAUGAAUAACAAAAUUGUUAAAUUUCAACAGGAUUACUUCUUACCUCUGGUGCUAUUGAUAGCCUUCGUCAUCCCAACAUACAUUCCAACUUUAUGGGGUGAAUCGCUGUUCGUGUCUUAUAUGAUAAAUACGUUCCGUAUGCACAUAUGUUUACAACUAAUAUGCUCAAUCAACAGUGUCGCUCACCUAAUCGGGUACAAACCAAUCGACAGGACCGCAGUUGGAACGCAAACACAAUUCCUAGCUUCGAUAACAGUUGGAGAAGGAUUCCACAACUACCAUCACUCUUUCCCUUACGACUACAGGUCCUCAGAGUUUGGAGACAUCAAAUAUAACCUUUCAGCUUUAUUCAUUGAGUUUAUGGCAAAAAUCGGAUGGGCGUAUGACCUAAAAGUGACUUCUGAAGAAGUCGUCAAAAAUAGGGUGUUGAAAAAAGGCGAUGGCACCGAUCUGUAUUAUAUCCCUAAUAAUGAAAGGAAACAGAAAUUCUUUUGCACUGAAUUCUAUAAGGCUUCGAGUUAAUGCAAUCCUUAUUUUAAUAUUCGAUUUAACUCGACAGCAAGCACCAUUGAAACAUAAUAAGGAAACAGAGAAAAUAAUAAAAAGCAAACAAGUUGUCGUGUUGAUUUUUUAAAUAUAAAUAUAUUACUUACUAGCUGUUGUUCA